AAAUAGUACAACAUAGAUCUAGAAAAUUAAUCCUGAUUUGAAAAACGCAUAAAACGUAAAAAAACACCCGGAACCUAACCUCUGCUUUGUAAGUAUUAGAUUUGCACAUUAGACGAGUUUGCUGUAAAAUAUCCGGUUAUGAGUUUUGAACUUACUUCCCUCUAUUCUAUUGAUAUUUCCAGUGCUUGUUACCUUGUACACCUACCUAACUUCGGUACCUACAGACGGCACCUAUGUUGUGAUGGAGUUUACUGUGUCCGGCAAGUUCUUCUACGCUCGCCGAUCGCGCAAGCAAUCAGACAAGGUUUUUCUGAGGGAAGGAGGUUUUGAUCCAGAAAAUCCCGAAGACAUCAAGACAACCGCUGACCCUCGAGUGUUCCUGAUGAAACCCUCCGGUGGUCCGACUGGUGACGUCAUGUUCGCCUGGCAUGGCCUUGCCAGCCGCGUCAUCACUGUGGACCCACAAAGGUCCGCUGAACUCAUGCCCGAGGGGGAUUGUCCUGGCGGAGUGGAGGCGCAGCUGUUUCGUCUUCGUUCCCCCCAACUCCGCCGUUCGGAGAAUGUCGAUUCUCUGGAGGUUGUGGAGUAACCAUCCAAACCGCUAGGAGGCGCUGAAAAGCUGAUCAACGCCAAGACCAGGGAAAACAGCUCUCUGCCAAGAUAAAGUCGGCGUCGCUCUCUUAAGAUGAGGCAUGAUAUCGUGAUAAUUUGACACAUACAAGGGAUACAAAUUUUUAUUUAUAAGUCCAAUGCACAUCUUGUUCAUUAUUACAAAUUUCUAAUGUUCUGACAUACUUUCGUAUAUGAAGAAUGCAAGAAAAGAUGGCCUAAUUAAUUCAGGUCACUAGCAUUUCUAUAAUCGUUUCCAAACGGCAUGGACGAAUUUCGAUACUUCAGAGACACGACAGAAGAAUGUAAAAAGUAACAAAUCAAGCUCCUCUCUUUCUGAUAUUUUUAUUCCUGACAAUUGUAUAUCACAACCCAGAAAUAUUAUAGCGAGACAUAACAAUAAUAGUAACAGGCGGCUGUUUGCUGUGUUUGCUUAUGGCGUUUGAUUAGGGAUUCCUGAGAGUCUGGAGUUGUUUGAAAUAACUCUAUGCCAGUUUGAUCCUUACAUAUUUUGUUAACAUUGCUGUAGAUGAGCCGUGACUGUAUCUAAAAUCUACUUACUAUGACUUAAGCCUCAGUGGCAGUUCAGGAUUGUAUUAAUCGGUUCCAGUGGUAGUAUAGAGGGUUUUGCUUACGUGAACAAUCCAGUCAUGUUUCCCGAUAUUGCAUGACUCUGGUAUUGUUUGCUAAGUUGAUCUGCUUGUCGUGUGUUGAAGUGUAUCCCUAAUUCACAAGUACAAUAGAAU